UUUAUACUCCUCACAGAAACUAAACACUACACGCCAAAUCCAAUAGCAUAAUAUUCUCUCUCUCUCUCUCAGACACACACACACCUGCCCCCACCGCCGGCCCCCGGAAAAUGAACAUCCCGCCCCUGCGAACUAGAAAUGACGCCGUCUCCCUCCACCGCCGUCACGUCUUCCACGAAAAGUCCCAGUCGGAAACACAAUAAUCCUUUUCCAUUUCCAUCUUUUUUUUUCGAGGAAUUUCUUCGAUCCUUUUCCAAAGCAGAGAGUUUUUGCAAUUUUUGAUUCGGUGUCUGUACCGGAUUUAUCCUUUUCUUAAUCGGUGAUCGUUCUGUGAUUUGAGAUCGUGUUAGUUAAUUGUUCACGAGGAUUUGUUCCAAGAACUGAAAAUUGCUUUAAUCUUGUUCAGAGCGAGGGCUUUGAGAGAGAAUUUGCAUUUUUUUUUUAAAUUAUUAAAGCAUGCAGUUUUGAUUUUUGAAGACUUCACAAAAUAACAGAGAGUUUUUAAUAGCUCUGAAUCAAAUGGAGCGGCACUGACUGAAAGAAAACAGCACACGAAAACGACGCCGUAGAAGAAUGCCUUUCCCGAUGAAGAUUCAACCUCUCGAUCCUCAGUCCUACAGAGAAUCCAUCCGAAACGACGCCUCGGCGGCGGCGGCGGCCAAGCCCGUGCUGAAAUCGCGCUUGAAGAAGCUCUUCGACGGGGUCCUGAAGACUUCGUCGUCGGCGGCGGAUAAAACUUCCGCCGCCGGCGAUCACGGGAACGACGGAGUUGUUGCGACCGAGUUCGAGCCGAGCUCGGUUUGCUUGGCGAAGAUGGUGCAGAAUUUCAUUGAAGAGAGCAAUGAGAAGCAAUCGGCCGUCAAGUGCGGCCGUAACCGCUGCAAUUGCUUCAACGGGAACAGUAACGACAGCUCCGACGACGAAUUCGAUGUCUCUAGUUGUUUCGGCGACUCGGUUUCGGCCCCUUCGUCUGGCGAUUCUCUGGAUGUGCUCAAGGAUUUGAUUCCGUGUGCGAGUGUGGCCGAGAGAAACCUCUUGGCAGACACUUCGAAGAUCGUCGAGAAGAACAAGGCUUGCAAGCGAAAGGAUGAUGUGAGGAAAAUCGUCACCGACGGCCUCUUGCUUCUCGGUCACGACGCGUCAAUCUGCAAAUCGCGUUGGGAGAAAUCUCCUUCCUUUCCCGCCGGGGAAUAUGAGUACAUAGACGUGAUCGUGGAAGGAGGAGAGAGAGUCCUUAUCGACAUCGAUUUCCGAUCGGAGUUCGAGAUCGCUCGGUCGACCGGAGGAUACAAAUCGAUCCUGCAGUCCCUGCCGCACGUUUUCGUCGGCGGAUCCGACCGGCUGCAUCAGAUCAUUUCGGUCGUGUCGGAGGCGGCCAGGCAGAGCUUGAGGAAGAAAGGAAUGCAUAUUCCGCCGUGGAGGCGGGCCGAGUACAUGAGGUCCAAAUGGCUAUCCCCCCACGCCAGAACCGCCUCCGUUGCUCCCCCAAACGACGCCGUCGUGGAGGUGAAGACUUUCACCGUCGCUUGUGAUUGUGGUUGCGUUGAUUGUGAAUGCGGUGAUCUGGAACUCAUUUUUAGCGAGAAAACGUCGUCGUGGGUGGAGAUCGGCGCCGCCGGGAGCGCGACUGCGUCGGCGGUGGAGAAUUCAGGUAAGGACAAGAAGUACGCGUGGCAGCCUCCGGCGAUUGAACGGAAGUGCUGUGAGAAGAGAGGAACCAGGGUCGUCACCGGACUGGCUUCUCUACUCGGAGAGAGAGAAUAAAAAGUUUUGGAUUUUUUUUUUCGAGGUACAAAAAUGGAGUAUAUUUUGAAGAUAAAAAAAUUAUAUAUAACCAGGAUUUCGGAUAAACCGAUAUUCCUUUUUUCUCCGUUUUUUUUUCCCCCUGGGAUAUGUAAGAAUCUACAUUAGGCAUCUAUCAUCGUUGCGAUAAUGAAAGUUAAUCCAAUAUUGUUACUGAUA